AUUAUCUUGAAGUGUCUGUGGGCGGCUGACACUAUGAAUGAAGAAAAUGAGAGCAUUUGUUUGAACAGGUCACUGGCGGAACUGGAUCUCUUCAGAAACCUGGAUGACAUCGACGUGACAGCUGAUGGAAGUCCGAUUCUCAGAUUCCUCAUCUGCCUCAUCUAUUCUGUGGUCUGUGCUGCGGGUCUGGUUGGCAACCUGCUGGUACUCUUCUUCAUCAGGAUCAGAAAGGAGAGGAGGAAGUCCAAAGUGAACUUCUGCGUGCUCAAUUUGGCAGUGACGGACCUGCAGUUUGUCCUCACGCUGCCCUUCUGGGCUGUGGACAACGCGCUGGACUUCAGUUGGCCGUUUGGAGACGCCAUGUGCAAAAUCAUCCUUUCAGUCACUGUAAUGAACAUGUACGCCAGCGUGUUUUUUCUCACUGCGAUGAGUGUGACCCGCUACUGGUCAGUUGCCUCCUCUCUGAAGAACAGAACUGUGCAUAAGUCAUGUUCCGCCAAAUGGAUGUGCGCAAUUAUUUGGAUACUGGCGACCCUGGCGACUGCGCCAACGUCGAUUUUCUCAACUGUCAGCAACGUAACGGGGGAAAAACUCUGUCUGCUGAGGUUUCCAGGUGGACAGUACUGGCUGGCAGUUUAUCACAUACAGAAAAUAAUUGUGGGUUUUGUUUUGCCAAUGUCCAUUGUGUCUAUCAGCUACAUGAUGCUUUUGCGCAUCAUCCGCAAUCGGAGUAUGAAAACAAGCAACCCCAAAAGGAGAUCCAAAGUCACUAAAUCUAUCACCAUCGUCGUGUUGUCCUUCUUUAUAUGCUGGAUGCCAAACCACGCCAUCACCCUGUGGAGCGUGCUGGUGAAACUAAACGCUGCAAACUGGGACCAGGCGUACUACAUAGUGCACACAUAUGUGUUCCCGCUGACCGUGUGUCUGGCGCACACAAACAGUUGCCUGAAUCCCAUCAUUUACUGCCUCAUGAGGAAGGAGUUUAGGGACAAACUCAGAAGGCUGAUACACAGAGGAUGAUGCUUUGGAGCUUUGAGAGCGGUGUUACAAACAAUAACCAAAACGCACUUGAUGUCAAAAUGGCACACACAGAGACUGAGAGAGGAGAGGAUUCAGAAAUCAAAGAUGAGCAACAUGAUGUCAAGACUCGACUCUGCUCAUGGAAAAUGUUCAUUUUCAUCUUUCGUCAGCGCUUCUUGUCUUUAAAGGUUGUCAAUGUGGCUGGUUUCGAUAGUAAAACGCGUAUUUUGGUGCCAAACGCACAGAACUUCUUUAUUUUGUGUAAACAUAUCAUACAUAUGACCACUGUGGCAUUGCUUGUUAUCUAACUACUGUGUGUGAGGCAUCUCCAGUUCACGGUCCGUGCGUAAUAGCGCAUGACAAUUGGUGUGCUCACGUUAUUACUGCGCAGGUGAAAAGUGGCUAAAAGCUUUCUCCUUGCACAUGUGAAUGUCUUAGCAAACAAUGUAACCAGUGUGCGAUAAGUGCGUUUAUGAGAAAACCAUUCCCUGUUGAAGCAAAAGAGGAGGAACGUUGAAGGUCAUGUUUUUAAGACAUGAGUAAGUUAUUUACUCUGGAGCGUUAAAGACAAACGUUUAAACACAGAAGACAGAGGUUAAUGUAUGUGAUGUGAUGUAAAUGUGCAAAAAAAAAAAGAAAGAAAAGCAAGUAUCUUUGUGUGAUAAUAAAAUAUACUUGGUUGUCA